AGAAGGGAGACUGGUUUCACUUUUUGAGAAAGAGGAAAGAGAGUUGGUGCCGAUCAGUGCUCAACAGGGUAUUCCAAAAGGCUUUCGCAGGGGCCGUAACUAACUUCCAAGCAAAAAUAGAUACUUGAGGAGGACAUAGCAGAGUCUGAUUUCUUCACCAACUGCAGCCAAAUACAGGAUCUGUCAAGAUGGGAAGGACAUCUACAAAUAAAUUAAUGGAGAAACUGGAGGACAUGAAGGAGAUUGCAGAGGAGGAGAAGGAAUCAUUGAGGAAAAGAUUAGAGCAACUAAAGAAGGUGAAGGAUGACUUGAUAGCUGAAAUAGGGUCUAGGUGGAUGGUCAUGCACAAAUCUACCAAGAAAUUAAUGGAGAAAGUGAUAACGAAAAAUGAUAUUUCUGCAGAGGAAAGGAAAUCAUUGUUGGAAAAAUUAGGAAAACUUUAUAAGGAGAAAGAUGCAUUGGUGGCUGAAAUAGUAUUUCACAAAUUAAAGGAGAAAGUGAGAGAGAAAAACGAAUCAUUGAUAGAAGGAUUAAGUGGGACAGAGGAGCCUGAUAAAAGAGGUGGGAAAGAGAAGCAUGAUAAAGAAGAUAAACAAGUAGAACUAGAAUGGAGAAAGACUCACCGUUAUGCAGAUAACAUCACUCUGGAUGCAAACACAGCCCACCCCAACCUCUCCAUUGCUGAGGAUAAGAAGAGUUUGACACAUGAAGUCCAACCUCAAAAAGUUCAACCAGCUCCAGAGAGGUUCGAUUCAACUGUCUGUGUGCUGGGCUCUCAAGGAUUCCCCAAAGGAAAGCACUACUGGGAGGUGGAUGUCGAGAGCAGCACUGACUGGGACCUGGGAGUGGCCAGCAAAUCCAUUGAGAGAAAAGGGAAACUGUCCCUGUCCCCUAAAGAGGGAUUCUGGGUUCUGGGUUUCAGUGGGAGAGAUUAUUGGGCAAAAACAGACCCAUGGACCCGGGUCAUAGUGCAGAAAAAGCCCAAGAAAAUUGGAGUUUAUCUUAGUUACGAAGAGAAGCAGGUGACCUUUUUCAAUGUAACUGACAUGUCUGUGUUGUCCACAUUUAAAGAUUGUUCAUUCUCAGGAGAGGUUUGCCCAUUCUUUAAAAAUUCUCACAAAGGAACAACACUGAGAAGUUGUUCUAUAAGAGAAGAGGAAGGAGCUUAAAGUGGCAUUGCAACUCAUCCUAUUCUACCUUCAAAAUCAAAUUUCUCAUCAAUAAAAUUGAAUUACAUUGUGCCUCUGUAUUGUCUGUGGUGCCAUUUGUACAACAGCUGUUUCUUAUUGCUAGAACUA